AUGGCUCCCAAGAUCGCCAUCGUCUACUACUCGAUGUACGGGCACAUUGCCCAGCUGGCCCAGGCCGAGAAAAAGGGCAUUGAGGAAGCCGGCGGCACCGUGGAUCUGUACCAGAUCGCAGAAACCCUGCCCGAAGAAGUGCUGGGCAAGAUGCACGCCCCGGGUCCGUCCAAGGAGGUCCCCUUGAUCACGCCGGAAAUCUUGAAGACGUACGACGCGUUCCUGUUCGGCAUCCCCACCCGUUUCGGCACGUACUCUGCGCAAUGGAAGACGUUCAUCGACCAACUGGGCCAACUAUGGUCGACGGGCAGCCUGCACGGCAAGUACUUUGGCGUGUUCAUCGGCACCGGCACCCUGGGCGGCGGCCAGGAGUUGACGGCCAUCCAGGCCCUGAGCUCAUGGAUCCACCAGGGCAUGAUCUACGUGCCGCUGGGCUACGCAACCACCUUCGCCACCCUCGCCGACCUGUCUGAGGCCCGCGGAGGCAGCCCCUGGGGUGCCGGCACCUUUUCCGGCGCCGACGGCAGCAGACAGCCCUCAGCCAAGGAGAUCGAGCUCGCCACCGCCCAGGGCAAGUCCUUCUACCAGACCGUGGCAAAGGUCAACUUUGCGUGA